AUGGACAAUGACAACGCCCAAAGCACUCCUAACAGGGAUGGCAACACCAUAACCCGAAGCUGUCUAACCGACUGCACUAUCAAUAAUUCCUGCGUGAAGCGAUCCACGCUAAACGAGUGUGUGUUAUCAAAGGUGGAAGAUGUGAGCCGACUCACAGCGCAAAAGUCCCAAUUCCACGACACGGCCAUUGUCGAGCGCAGCGACAUCACAGAGAGCACUAUACAAACACAAAGUUCGGUAUGCCGAUCCACGAUCGCAAAGUCGGUCAUCCAGGACAAAAGUACAGUCAAGCGGAGUACCGUGACUGGAACCACAGUCUCAAACAGUCAACUCGAGAGAGCUACCUUGGCGAACUGUGUUAUCACAGAGUGCACUAUCGAGCGGUGUGACUUUCAAGGACUGGUUCUUAAAUAUGGCAUUUGGAAGCGUAAUGAGUUGAUCGGGAAGAUUGGGAAUCAUGAUCCUAUUUUUAUUAGGAAUCAUGGCCCACGGGCCGGGCAAUCUGCAUCUGUGGCCGUUGGAUCUACCAUUCCUGGGUUAGAUCCCAGGAGUCAUGCUCGGCAGGGUGACCCUCCUCCUAGCUACGAUGAUGACUCGUAUACUAGCGGGGAUAGUGGGGUUGAUUGCGGCGGUUUACCUCCGCCCUACAAGCCUUAA